UUUUCGGCGCCUUUUUUGCUCCUCGCCCGGCCACCGCCCAGACCAGACGACAUCCCACGUUGGCUUACUGUACCUAACAGAACGCAGAAGACCUAACGUCUCUCCUUGCGCGUCUCGCACUCUCUCGCACUUUCUCACUUGAAUUUCCAUUUUCACUGUUUUUCGGACGGGAGAAGCUCCGAUCGGUUAUCUGUGAAGGUCGUGUGGCAUUACGUACACCUAACUAACCCAUCCGCCCAUAUAGUAACGUAUAGGAAGAGGCAGCCGAAACACCUACCAUGGCCACCACUACCACAACGACCACGGCGCAAAAUGAGGCCAUCACCGCCGAGUCCAUCCUCCGCCUCUUCCCCGAUAUCGACACUAGCACCGAGGCUCUUUCCGGCCACGAUGCCGAGCAGAUCCGUCUUAUGGACGAGGUCUGCAUUGUGCUGGACGAGAACGACAAGCCCAUUGGCAACGCCAGCAAGAAAGCUUGCCACCUCAUGACCAACAUCGACAAGGGCCUCCUCCAUCGCGCCUUCUCCGUCUUCCUCUUUGACCCGGCCGACAAUCGCCUCCUCCUCCAGCAGCGCGCAUCGGAGAAGAUCACCUUCCCCGACAUGUGGACCAACACCUGCUGCUCCCACCCGCUGGGCAUCCCCGGUGAGACGGGCUCGAACCUCGAGGACUCGGUCGCCGGCGUGAAGCGCGCCGCCCAGAGGAAGCUCGAGCACGAGCUGGGCAUCAACCCGGCCCAGGUCCCCUUUGAGGAUUUCCAUUUCCUGACGAGGAUUCACUACAAGGCUCCGUCUGAUGGCAAGUGGGGAGAGCACGAGAUCGACUACAUCCUCUUCAUCAAGGCCAAGGUCGACCUCGACAUCAACAAGAACGAGGUCCAGGCGACCCAGUACGUCAGCGCCGAUGAGUUGAAGAAGUUGUUCCAGGACCCCAACCUCAAGUUCACCCCCUGGUUCAAGCUUAUUUGCGAGUCCAUGCUAUUUGAGUGGUGGCAGAGCCUUGACAGCGGUCUGGACAAGUACGCCAACGAACAGGAGAUCCGCCGCAUGUGAGCGGAUAGUAAAUAGUGUGCCAGUCUGGGAUUGCGGCAAGGUUUGCUGCUGGUCCCGGGACGUAGAGACGCCGGCCGGAGAACAUAGGACGUGGGGGUUUACUGCCAUGCGGCGGGAAAAAAAGUGGUAGCAUUUUUGGUGUUGAUCCGCGCCAGCCUUUUUCUCUGGAAUUUUUACACUGAGAUAUCCACCUCUCUCAC